UUCGCCCCUGACACCGAGCCCGCUGGAGAGCGCGUUGGGCGGAGCCGGGGGCGGCGGUCGCCGGGGAGAUCGAGGCCCUGGGUUCGACCCCGAGCUGGAGCGGGGUCCCGGAGGCCCGCUAACCCGCCGGUGUUUGUGUGUAUGUGCCCUCGCAGGGAGACAUGGAGAACUGUUUGGCGGCCGCGGCGCUGAACGGGGUGGACCGACGUUCCCUGCAACGCUCGGCUAGGCUGGGUCAAGAAGUGCUGGAGCGGGCCAAAAGGAGGGCGGUGGACUGGCAUUCGGUGGAGCUUCCCACAGGCAGCGUGGGGGUCAUUUCCCGGGAGCGGCCCUACAGAGAAAGAGGGCCGGCAGCCGGCCCCCAUCGCCUUCUCCCAGGAGAGGUGAGGGCGCCAGUGCUGCGGGACCAGCCCAUUCAUUCGCUCAGCAGCGUCUUGCUGAGAACCAGGGCACGCCACACAGCAGCACCCGAGGGAUCCUGUCCUUGGCGGAAGCUAGAGAAGAAAGACACCCAACCCUCAGUGCUUCCUUCAGAACAAUGGCUGAAUUCAUGGACUAUACUUCAAGUCAGUGUGGGAAAUAUUAUUCAUCUGUGCCAGAGGAAGGAGGGGCAACCCACGUCUAUCGUUAUCACAGAGGGAAGUCGAAGCUGCACUUGUGCUCGGACACUGGGAAUGGUCAGCUUCCAGUGUGUUGCAGUAUCAAUCUUCUUUGACUUACGUCCCGAUAAACCCAUUGCUGAGGACAUCUCUAAGGACCUCUACAUAGAAGUAUAUCCAGGGACCUAUUCCGUCACUGUGGGUGUAAAUGACUUGACCAAGAAGACUCACGUGGUAGCAGUUGAUUCAGGACAAAGUGUGGACUUGGUCUUCCUCAUAUGAUGUUGACCAUCACAGACAUCACCUUUUUUUUUGUUUGUUUUUUAAGUAUCAAGAAGAAUAAAGUUACCAUAUGUCCUCUUAAAAUUUACACAUUAAUCCUGCUUUUAAUGCUGACUGACUGUAGAGGGUGAGCCUUCCUAGGAACUGGAGUUUGUCUCUUUCAGUGCCUAUUUUAACUUGAAAGUCCCCUCACCCUCUUCUGCCUGAAGUAAUAAUGUAAUGAUGCUGUCUGAAUAGUUUUUACUGCUUGCUUUCCAAGUAAAGGUUAAUUAUGAUAAUAAAGUAAGAAAUUUGGAAA